CCAAGUUCCCCCGCCCACAUGCCAGCUCAGUAUAGGUGAUUUCUGGGGGAAGGAUGGCGGAGGACCCGGGCUUGUGGACCCUGCUGGAGCGGGCGCCCAUUGACUGGAAGGAGCCAUGGCUGAUUGGACUUGCUGUUUUUCACAUAUUAUGCCUCAUAGUCACAUAUGUUUCUUUUAAAUCAUAUCCACUUCAGAUUUGCCACUUUUUACUAAUGGUUGUCCUUGUAAGUUGUGCCGAAUAUAUCAAUGAAUUUGCUGCAAUGCACUGGAGAUCAUAUUCAAAACAACAAUAUUUUGAUUCAAGCGGAAUGUUUAUUUCCUUGGCAUUUUCUGCACCUUUGUUAUGUAACACUAUAAUUAUCGUGGUUCAUUGGGUAUAUAAGACAUUGUGCGUUAUGACUGAACUGAAAACAUUACAGCAGAAGAGAAAAGAAUCAAGAGAGAAGAGAAAGAAAAAGGAAUAGAACGAAUCACAAAACAGCAAAAAGCCCACAGUCUAUUCUGCGUUGCUGCUACAGGAUAAUUAAGGACUACAUUGUGCUUAUAUUGGGAGUUUUUCAAAUGGCCCAGUUUGAAUAUCUUGCCAAAAUGCCAGUAGUUACAGUAUGUUUGUACAUCUUAUGCAUGGCAUUUUGGCAAGCCAUCUGCAAUACAUUGAAGUGGGUGUAACAGUCCUUCUUUCAUUCAGUUUCUUCAAUACCCAUAGUAGCUUUGGAAAAAUUGUAAAUAAGAUUUUUUUUCACCUCUGUUAAUAAAUUGUUUUAUACAUUUUGUCCAUAUAAU